AUGAGCCAAGUCCCACAAGCACAGCUGUUUUCGUAUCUCCCGCAUUCGGAGGAUGGCAAGCCAGUCCGCCAGAUAUCGGAGACGGUGCCGUCCCAGGCGCCGCAUUCACAUUCGCCGUUCAAUCGCCAGGAGAGUGCGCCGGCUAGCUCUGGCUUUGCCAGGCGGCAAAUCUCGGCGCCGACGGCGCCGAUGAUGGACUUCUGGGAGCUCCAUCGUCUGCUCGGCGAGCGCUAUGAGGCGGACGUGAAACGCCACCCAGGCGGAGCAGUGCCUCACUCUUCGCUUGGAGAGCGUUCAGCACAGCAACUUGCGGAACGCUCGGCGCAAAUUGGCCUCUCUCCCAAGAUGCCCGCAGGAGGACCCGGCGCGACUGCCAUGCUGAAACGUCAGCCCAGCUCCCUCGCCGCGUUGAGGAAGCGCCGAGACUCAGAGCUCAGCUUUGCGGGCGUCGACAGCGACGCUGGCAAUCCUGCGAGUGGGCACGUAGGUUUUGGGUCCACCUCUUUCCAGCUGACCUCGGCCUUCAAGCGGCGGAGCAGUGACGACAGCGAGGUGUCGUCGUUCCACCCUCUCCGAUGCUGGACGGUUCGAAGCAGGAGCACUUCGGGCAGACAUAAGUCUGUGAAGACCUCGACCGUGAACUCUGCCACGAAUCCCGCUUCUUCUUCAUCGAAGAAGCUGAAAGGAAACGGAUCCGUCGAGGGUGAAGCGUUGGAUGCCUCAGAGCAGCGUUGCAUCUUGAGUCCCAACGGAGGCUUCCGAAGCGUCUGGGACUUCGUUGGGCUCGUCCUGCUGAUGAAGGACACCGUCGACUUGCCCCUGAUGCUGGUCCACGUAUAUCUGAAUGAGCUGAUGCCUUUUUGGGGCACGCUGUCGACGCUGUCGGUUUUCUACUGGUGCUUCGACAUCAUCCUGGCCUUCAAUACAGGCUACCUCCGCAAAGGGGAAAUGGUCUGGAGCAGACGAAGCAUUGCCUUCCAUUAUCUGCGGACUUGGUUCCUGAUCGAUAUCUCGGUUACCUUUGUUGAUCUCUCGCUCGAGUUCCUCGCCUUCGCCGAGUCAGCCGCAGCGGUCCAGUUUUUCCGCUUCUUGCGCGUGCUGCGCAUGCUACGGCUCGGGAAGGUCGGCCAGAUCUCAGCCUUCUUCCAGGACAAACUUGAAUCCGAGGUUGCCUUCAUGGAGUUCAGUCUCUUCCUUGUGGUUCUCAGCAUGAUGCUGACUGAGCACGUCAUCGCCUGCUUCUGGCUCGGAGUUGGCUCUCUGGAAGAUGGGGGAAAGUCCUGGCGCCAACGUUCGUCACUGGAUCAGGAGUCUGUGAUGAUGCAGUAUUUGGCGAGCAUGCGAUGGUCGUUGGCUCAACUGGGCAUCGGCUCGACCAACAUCGAAGCUGUCACGACUGCCGAGGGCUACUACACGGUCUUCGUCGCCUUUGUCUCGGUCAUCAUCUUUUCCACGGUCAUCAGCUCCAUGACAUCGCUUGUGAGCGCUCUACAUGGCAGCCGCAUGGAGGAGAUGGCGCAGUUCGGCAUCUUGCGGCGGUUCCUGCGACAGAACAAUAUCCCCGCCUCCCUCAGCCAGCGCAUUCUCCGAUUCCUGGAAUUCAGGUAUCACGAGCGCGCUUCAACAGCCAGUUCCUCCAACACGCCCGAUGUAUUGGUGCCGGGCCAUCGAGCUGUGUGCUCGACGAGAAACCCUAACCCUAAACCCCCGGCCCCCUAA